UGCCCCUGAACGCAGUACAGACUGUUGAGGUGAUCCAUGGCAACAGGGGCGCACCAGCAGCCGAGCUCCGGAGGCUGACGGGGAAGCUGAGGUUGCGGGGAGGUGGGGGUCUGCCGCUGCGUCCGUUCGUCCCUCCGUUCACGUCUCCGACCCGCCAGUCUCACGCGUGCUCCAACGCACAUCCAUGUAACCGCGGAGCAGUGAGGGGGGGACCGAUCCGUCGCGACGGCUCCUCAUUUGGGUUCCAAGGUGACCGACCGGGGAGGUGGGGAGCCAGACGGCAGCCUGACUUGCGCUGCUCGUCAGCGGCAGGUGAAGCCGCCCGUACCCCGACCUCGGGGCGCUAGCGGCGGCGUCGUUCAUGAUGCCCGCCUCUGACAUCUCCGGAGCUUAAAAUUCUGCUCGUCACUUUUUUUUCCGCGUCAAGACCUGAAGCAAAAUGGGACAUUUUUAAACGGCUUGCUGCGUCAUGUUUUUCGCCAGGUUUGGGUAAAAAAAAAAAAGUCUUUUUUUUUCUUAAUUAUUAAAGACCACAUCACCAUCAAGCAUUUGAAGCAUCAUCGUGAAGAUGGCGACUGGGUCGGGAUGGCAGCAGUAUUACUGCCCUGCCGGUCAGGGGAAAUACACUUCAUCGUCAACAUCGUCCACGUCCACAACCUCCUUCCAGUCCGGCCUGGCCAUGGAAUAUACCCAAGACCUGCACCUCAAAAUGAGCAAGAAGAUCGCCCAGCUGACCAAGGUGAUCUACGCACUCAACACCAAGAACGACGAGCACGAGGCGGCCAUCGCCACCCUGAAGGAGGCCCACGAGGAGGAAGUGCAGCAGAUCCUCUCUGAGACCAGGGAGAAAAUUUUACAGUACAAGAGCAAGAUCAGCGACGAGAUGGACUUAAAGAGACGCAUCCAGUCCCUGGAGGAGUCCAUGGAGUUGCAUGAGCGGAUGAAGAGGCAGGCGCUGGCUGAGUUUGAUAACUACCGGCAGAGGGUGGAGGACCUGCAGCUGUGCACCGAGGCUCAGCACACUCAACGGGUGGUGUCCAUGUCGCGCGAGGUGGAGGACAUGCGACGUUCCUUCGAGGAGAAGCUGCGCACCUUCGGCCAGGCGCAGGCGCAGUUUGAGCAGGAGAAGAAGGUGGCGCUAGAGGAGCUGAAGGGCCAACACCGGCAGGAGGUCCAGGAGCUGCUCCGCAGCCACCAGAGCCACAAUGCCAACUACAGCAAAGACCAAGAGAAGCUGGGCCAGCUCCACAAAGCCGAGGUGGAUUCUCUGACGGAGCGAGUGGAAGAACUCAAGCAGGACAAGAAGAGACUGGUGGAAGAGUAUGAGGCCAAACUCAGCAAGGCUCAAGCCUUCUACGAACGUGAACUAGAGGCCAUGAAGCGGACUCAGCAGCUGACGGCCGACAACCUCUUGGCGUGGAAGCGCACCGAGGCUGAGCUGCGCCGCGAGUUUCAGACGCAGGAGGCGGCGCUGCAGAAGACUCUGGGCAAGCUCCGGACCGAGUUGGCCCGCGUCACCGACGAGGCCCGCGAAAACCGCGAACGCUCGCAUAAGCUGCAGGCCUCGCUCGCCACCUCCGAGAACGCCGUCAAGGAGCUGAGCAAGCAGCUGGAAGAGGUGACGCAGAAUUCCGAGAUCGUGGAAAUCCGCCAAAAGGAGGCCGAGUGCGAGCUGGAGGCGGCCCGGGAUCGAGUUCAGCAGCAGGCCACCGAGAUCCUCCUCAAAGCCAGUCAGAUCAGCAGCCUGCAGGCCACCCAGAUGACGCAGGAGGCGGCCGUGCGCGAUCUGGACAACGAGCGCAGCCGUCUGAAAGACAAGGUGCUCAGGCUGGAGGAGGAGCGAGAGGCGCUUCACGGGCAGAGCCAAGCGCUGGACGAGAGGCACAAGCAGCAGCUGCAGUCACUACACAAGACGCUACGUGAGGAGAAGACGGCUCACGAAAAGGACAUGAGCGGCCUGCGAGCUCGCUAUGAGGAAGAGAGCAGCCAAACCAAGGAGAACCAGGCCCGGGUUCUGGACGACAUGGCCAAGAAGCAUCGGGCCGCUCUGGAGAACGCGCUUAGUGGAGCAGAGAAGGACAAAAACAGACUCUUGGCGGAGCUGGAGCAGCAGUUUGAGCGAGAGCGCCACACGCUGGAGGAGCAGAGGAUUGCUCUGCUUCAGCAGCUGGAGCAGCUGAGAGAGGAAAUGAGCUCAAAGCUCGACGCCGCCGACCAUGAGGUGCGACGUCUGCAGGAAGAGGUGAAGCGUGGCGAGAGGGAGAUGGGCGCGGCCGAGGGCCAGAUGGCCACCAUGAAACAGGCGCAGGACAAACUGUUGGAGGAGCUGGACGCCACCAGGGGGCGACUGCGGGAGACCAGCAACCUUCUCACCGCCUUGCAGGCUGAGCUCGAGGUCCAAACACGCCAACAUGAAGCUAAAGUGAUCAGCACCAAAGAGGAAGAAAAACAUAAGAUGGAUAAAAUGGCUUUGGAGCUGGAAUUGAAGUGGACGGAGACCCUCAGGCAGGAAUGCAAGAAGCUGCGCGAGGAGCUGCGCGAGGCACACGAGGCGGACAAAGCGACCGCCUUGAGCCAGCUGGCCCAAAACAAGGACCAGGAGAUGAGCAACUCCCGAGACAGCUGGCAGAGGAAAGUGGACGACCUGCUGGAACAGAUCUCCUUGCUGAAGCAGAGUCUGGAGAUGCAGCUGUCGCAGUCGCAGUCGUCGUUGCAGCAGCUUCAGCAGCAGUUCAGUCAGGAGCGCGAGCACCUGCGCACGCAGCUGGACGAGCUGCAGACGGAGCAUCAGCGCAGACACCAACGGCUGCACGAGGCUCAGUGCUGCGCCUUGCAGGACGUCGAGCACGCGCGACAGCGAGAUAUCAAGGAGCUGGAGGAGCGUCUCCGUCAGCACCACCACGCCGAGCUCCAGUCACUGCGAGAGGCCCACCGGCACAGCGUGGAGACCCUCAAGCAGCAGUCGGAGCAGGAGCUGCAGACGCUCCGUUUCGAGCUGGAGGAUGAGGGCAAGGCCAUGCUGGCAUCUCUUCGGUCGGAGUUGAACCACAUCCACGCGUCGGCCAUCGAGCACCUGCGACAAAACCACCAGCAGGAAGUGACGGCCGCCAAGAAGGAACUGGAAAAGACGGUGGAGAAAAAUCGCCUCCAGGAGCGCGAGCUGCUGGGCCGCAUGGCCGAGCUGCAGGAGGAGGUGACGCGCCGGAAGAAGCACAUCGCUCAGCUGGACCACCAAAUCCACACGCUCAACGAGAACAUCAGCAGCCUCACCAAGGAGCUGGAGCUCAAAGGCAAGGAGGUGCUCAAGAUACGCAGCGAGUCCAACCAGCAGAUCAGGGCUCACGAGCAGGAGCUACAGAAGCGUCACGAGCGAGACGUGUCGGAGCUGAACGCCGUCCACAGCAGAGAGACGCACAACAUGUUGGCCGACUUCAACAAAGCGCAGGAGGUCCUCAAGGAUAAGAUCUCGGCCCUGCAAAUUCUGCUGGAAGGCACCGAGGAGAAAUUCAGGAACAGGGAAAGUCGCCCCGAAGAUCUGCAGAUGAUCGCCGAGCUAAAGGACAUGGUGUCCGAGAGGGAAUCUCUUGUCAAGAAGCUGGUGGAUGACAAGAAGUUCUACCAGCUGGAGCUGGUCAACCGAGAGAGCAACUUCAACAAAGUGUUCAACGCCAGUCCCAACGUUGGCGUCAUCAACCCGCUCAUCAAGCAAAAGCGAAAGAAUGAGAAAGUGGCAGCGAGCAGAUUCGGCAGGUCCGCCGGUUUCAGGGUUCUGGAGGCAGCCGGCUCGGGCCCGGUGGGCCCCGGGGGCGGCCUGCAGCCGCAGCAGCAGCAGCAGCCGCCGCCGCCGCCUCCGCCGCCGCCCCCGGCCCAGCCUGGCCGCCUCGAACCUCUUCCCCACUCCCCCCUCCUCCUCCAUCACCUCGAGCUGAACGCCAACAAACCUCUUCCCCCACCGCCGACCCCUCCCACAGAACCCAAGAAGUUCACGAGCCCUCCUGAGACAAAGGACGUCGCCAUCGACCUUCCGGACGCUCAGCGGCAAGAGUGGUUUGCUCAGUACUUUUCUUUUUGAUUUGACAGCACACAUUUACAUGCACAUGCACACAUUUACAUGCACAUGCACACACACACACAUAAACACAAACCUGCAGCCAGAAACACACUAGGAUUCAGCAGCAUGUCAGCCAAACUUUCAAAAAAUGUCUGGAUUUAAACUACUACAAAAAAAGAGAGAGAAAGUGUUUGUUUUCUAUAUUGUUCGGGAAAAAAACUAUUCGGGCUUGCUUCAGUUUAUGAAAUAAAUGAUUGGCAGCUUGAGGAGAUGAUGUCAUUCAUCUUCAGGUCCAUGUACUUGUGCGUUCUUUUUCUAGAAGGACGUCUGUGUCUUACUAGUACAAUUUUCCCAAAACGAGUGCCACUUUUUAGCACGCAAUUAAACUUGACUGGUCAACUCUUGUGGUGUACUGCUAUUUGGCCAAACUCGUAGGCAUGCCUCACACUAAUAAUGUCCCGGACUCGACUAGUGGGACCAAAAUAUCCACUAGUAACAUGUGCUUGUCCAACUAGUAUGCCAAAAAUGUCCUAUAAGUGUCCAAAUGUCAAAAAGUAAUGGUAAAAUGUUACUAGGGAGACAGUUAUACUUAAAGUCCCUGUAAAGUGAAAACGAGUUUCUUCUAAAUUGGAUACAAUACAGAGAAGAUCAUAAACAACACUGAAAAUUUUGAAUGAUUAAAAAAAAGAUUGCUACACAUCUAAAAUGUGGAUUCUACUUGUCGGCUGUCACAUUGAAUUUGAAUUUGAAUUUUUAAAAAUGUGUCUGGUUCUUCUGCCAUCUCUCCAUGACAUGCAUGCACUCAACGCUACAACGACCCGCUCUAAAGUGGUCAGUCCAAAGUCCUGGUCCACCCACUGGCUAUUAAAUAAAAAAAAUAUAUAUAUGUAAGAAAAUCCACUCUCUUUGCUCUUUUGCAUUUUCCUGCAAGACGUGCGCACACUCGCGGCUGACAAUGAUGCGCUCUAAAGCGACCGUGCCAGCGGACUGUCUGAAAGGGUCAUUUUCGGGGUGUAAGCAUCGCUACUUUGCCAACGGCGUGUCAACGAAAGCACGGGGGAUGUCAUUUAGCUCUGUGUGUCACUCAACCACGCCCGCCCGCCACCCUCUCAAAAAUCUGGCACGUUGUCAGCAGUUAUCUUCAACCAUGCAAGAUGUUUUUGAAACGAAUUUCCGAAUUCACUUUACAAGGUCUUCAAGAUGGAUUUAAGGAUUUGGAGGAAAUGCUCAAACGGCAUUGGCAUCUUGAAAUCAAAGAUAUGAAAUAAAUGCUCAUCAUUCAGAUUUUCUUUUCUUUUUGGGGAGGGUUUGGGGGGGUUGAGAAGUAGACGUGUGUGGGGUUUAGAAGUCCUUGUUGCUCUUCUCUGUGCGUUCCCCAAAAAAAGAAAAAAAAUAAUAAGAAUAAUAAUAGGAGUAAAAAAGAAAAGAAAAAGCUGCUUUUCUGUUAGGCGCCAGAUUAGUCGGUCCGUUUCAGGGGGCGCCAUCCUCGCGAUUGAAGAAUAUGAUGAUGAUGCUGCUGAUGAGGAUGAGGAUGGUGAUCUUUUUGGGUAGACUACAAAACUCUUGUUUGUAUGCUUGUCUGUCUACACAGAUACAAUGAUGUCUCACUGAUUUUAAGAGAAAAAAAUAGCGUUUUAUAUUUAUAUUAUAAUGUGUAUGCUGAAUAAAUGAUUAUUGUGACAUUUA